AUGAGCCCUAGGAAAAUACAAAUGAGAAUGCUGCACCAAGUGAUAUACAACCCUCAAUACGAAAUCGAAGCAGUCAGUUGGAACCUCCCCCUGUUGGCUGGGUUAAAUGUAACUUCGAUAGUGGGUUUAUGCAAAUGUAACUUCGAUAGUGGGUUUAUGCAAGGAAGUCCUUAUACACGUUCCGGUUGGAUAAUACGAGAGAGUAACGGCCAUACAAUCCUAUGUGGAAGUGCGAAACUACAUCCAUCAACAAGCUCACUACACGCGGAGGUUCUCGGGUUUCUCCAUGCCUUACAAGUGAUAUGGAUUCACGGAUUGCGUUAUGUUUGGUUCGAAACCGAUAACAGAGACCUUGUAACGUUACUCAACAAUGACGAGGAUCAUCGCUUGCUUGGACCUCUUCUUUGCGAUAUACGUUAUUGGAUGCUAAAGCUACCCUACUGCUCAAUCGACUUUGUCAAUCGGGAGAGAAACUCUGCAGCUGAUACAAGCUCACUACACGCCGGUGUCUUGUUAAUCAGAAUGAUAAAGCCCCAAAUUUGGUUCUGAACCUUAGACCCAUUUAAACAAACCAAAGGCCCAAUAUUUGUACAAGUUUAGGUUAAUAAACUUUAGUUCAGUACCUCAGCCCAUUUAAUUUAACCAAAAGCCCAAUAUCUGUCCAAAUUUUAUGAUGGCAUGCCUAAAUUGUUGUAUGGGUGAUGGUGACGCUUAACACAAUUGUUUUUCAAAUUCCUCUAAUACUGCGACCC